AUGAAGGUAUACAGCACGUCCACCGUGAAGAUAUUGGAGAAUACGGAUAUCGCAAAAAAUAGCGAUGAUUGGAAUACAAUAGCUUGUGGCCCUGAGCCAAAUCAAGGUAUUAUAAUUCCAAUACCGCAAGAUCACAUCCAGGAUAUUCCAUUGCCACUCACUGGUAAAAGCCUCUUAAUUGGCCCAGAAGAGCUCUUAAAGCUCAAGGAGAGAUCCUUUAGGAGAAAACGCGCACUUAUAGAAGCGAGAGCGUCCAAAAUUAAUGGAAAUAAACUAAAACCGCAUCUUAAUCUCAUGGAAACUAACUCUAAAAAAUCUCGUUCCUUAAAAAAAACGGGCAUAAAAAUGACCCUGGCUUCGCAAGAAAACAGGUCGUUAAAAAAAAUAGAAAAAUUGAUCGCGGAGAAUCAAGCUUUAAAAGCUGAAAUCUCUAACCUGCAAGCGAAAAUUAGUAAUACGAUCACACUGAGACAAAUCGGGAAUAUCGCAACGCAAAACAGAUUCGAUCUUCUCGACAAUGAUAUUUCACCACAAACAGACUCGUCACUUACAAUGGAUUGCCAGCCCUUGGAAGAUAUUGCUUCUUACCUAACCAAGAAGAACAGUCAAAGGACUUCUAUUUCUUCAGAAGUCAAGAGGAAUGAAAAGAAACACAAUAGUAAUGUUGCAGUCAAACACAACGACUUUUCCAACAAAAACGUCAGGGAUAAUGAACCCAAUAACAACUCUGGGAAAAAGAUUAGAACAGAGAAGCCUCCACCCAUAAACAUUCUAGAUCAAGACGUUAAGGAUACAACGAAGUUAUUGAAAACUAAGUUAACAGAUAAGAAUUCUAAAUCACACAAACCAUUGAAUUUAUUACUUAAAGGUUUAGAUCAUAAUUAUAGUGAACAGGAAGUACUGGAGGAACUGAAAUCGCAGAAUAUUCACAAUGUUAAACUCAUCAAAGUAGUAAGAUUUUCUACAAAUCAGAACGGAAAAAUAGCUAUAGAUGAUAUACAAGAUAAAUUAGAUGUGCUGGGCGCACAUUUCGCUAGCGUCAACAAUAGAAUCAUGGAAAACGAUAGGCCACAAUUAAAUGAAAUAAUUGAUAAGCAAGUUAGUUCCUUUAAAAACAAAAUGCACGCGGAUUUUAAAAAUAAUGUUACGAUUUAUAGAUGGAAAACAGCCAAAGUAGUAGCCCUAUUAAAAAAAAAUAAAGAUAAAGAGGCCCCUGCUAGUUACAGGCCGAUUAGCCUCUUACCCAAUAAUAGCAAGGUCUUCGAGAUAAUUAUCAAUAAUCGAAUUAAUGACUUUUGUCAAAAAGAACAUAUCAUCCCAGAUUGCCAAUUCGGAUUUAGAAAACAAUUCUCAACAAUUCAUGCGAUCAAUAGACUCACUUCCGAUAUAAAUUGGGCCUUUAACGAUAACAAAUGCGUGGGCGCUGUCCUUAUAGAUUUGGAGAAGGCUUUUGAUACCGUUUGA